UGAGCCUGCGGGGAACCCACGAGGAACCAAACCACACGCACCGCACCACGCCUCCCCUGGCCCGUCCACGUUCUCCCGUGGCGGGGUUCUGAUGCACGCACGCUCUGCCUGUCAGCCUCACGUUGAUGUUUUUGUCUCUGAUUCUGUUUCUCCUGCAGUUUUUCCCCCACAACCCGACCGUGUGGCCAUAGUGACCGGAGGCACGGAUGGCAUCGGCUAUGCCACGGCGAGGCAGCUGGCGAGGCUCGGCAUGCACGUGAUCAUAGCCGGAAACAAUGACAGCAAAGCCCAAGACGUUGUGCGGAGACUAAAAGAGGAGACGUCGAAUGACAAAGUGGAGUUUUUAUACUGUGAUCUGGCUUCCCUGAUGUCCAUCAGGCAAUUCGUCCAGAAGUUCAAGAAGAAGAAAAUCCCUCUCCAUGUCCUGGUCAAUAACGGUGAGUCCUGGUGAAAUGCAGAUGUUAACUCUGACACAGACGUGCACACUGGCCAUCCCGCGAGAGAAGUCCUCUGGGAAGGAAGGACUUGCGUGGAAAUUCAUGAAUAUACAUGGUGUUGUCAUGACGCUUUGCCUCGUUGACGCAUUUGGCUGUUGUCAUUGGCAUAAUCAAUUUGCAAUGAUGGUAAGCCUGAUGAUACGGUGUGUGGGGUCGAUAUUUUGGUUGGCCCACAUGGGCCAAGUAAGGUGUGUUAUGAAUGUGUAAGAGGGGGGCGAGUUCACACGCCUUAUUAAAUAUUGAGCGUGUCCCCAGGGGGCAUCAUCAGUAUGUAGGCUCCAUGCACAGCUGUCUCUUGACUUCUUCCCUGAAGCCAACAUUCAUCACACAGACACACAGGGUCUGUGUGUCCCCUUACCCUGCCUUCCACCCGCCCACCUGUC